AUGGUUCAUUCUCGUGUUCCUUUGCUCUUCGGAACGGCUAGCAUUGGUGCACCUGGACAGGCUGCUGUGCGCGUUUCGGACUUGGAUACUGCUCAGAAGAUGCUGCAUGUGUUUCUACUCAAAUAUAACUAUAGGGAGCUCGAUUCGGCUCGUGUUUAUGGCGGUGGUACCACAGAACAGUAUCUUUCUCAAUUGGAAUUGAGGGGCGCAACAGUCGACACCAAGAGUUACCCCUCAGCACCUGGGGAUCACAAUCCCGAGAAACUGCGUAGCACCCUCUUGGAAUCGCGCAAAGCACUCAGAAAUCUCCCAAUUCGAGCGUUUUACCUUCAUGCACCGGACAGGAGCGUCCCGUUCGAGAAAACACUUGAGGAAGUCGACAAACUUUAUAAACAAGGCCAUUUCGAGAUCUUCGGGCUGUCCAACUUUGCCUCGUGGGAAGUGUCGGCGAUCUGUGAGAUCUGCAAGGCAAAUGGAUGGGUCAAACCCGGCAUAUAUCAGGCGAUGUACAAUGCCUUGCAGCGAUCGAUUGAACCAGAACUUGUUCCCUGCCUUCGCACGUAUGGCAUUCGCCUGGUGGUGUUCAACCCGCUCGCGGGAGGACUGUUCUUGGGUAAAAUCACUUCCAUCGACCAACUUCCCAAUGAGGGCCGUUUCAGUGGAGCUGGCGCCUUCGCAAAGCUGUAUCGGGAACGCUACGUAAAGGAAGGCUACCUCAAUGCCUUGGAGAAGAUUAAGAUUGUUGGGGAGAAGCACAGUCUACGAUUGACUGAAGUUGCCCUUCGUUGGUGCCAGCAUCAUUCAAUGCUCACGGAAUCCGAUGGAGUUAUCCUCGCAGCUAGUAGUACCGAACAACUCGAGAUGAAUUGCGCUGAUAGCGAGAAAGGGAUUGCCAGCUGA